AUGGGUUGUGGAUUUUAUAAAGCAUCGAAAGCAUUACUUAAAAGAGAAGAUUUAAUCGAGUUACAAAAAUAUCCAGAAGAAUUACAUGAAAAACGUAUUAAAAUUCUUCAAUGGAUGGAAAAUGAUUUAGGACUGAAAACGAAAUCGAUUGAUCGUAAGAAAAUUAAAGAAAACGAGCAAUUGGUCUAUUGGCAAGAAGCAUGGCAAAGAGAACAAGAACUAGUUAAACAUCCGUCAAUGGUCGAUUCAUGUGAAUCAAAAAUGCCUUGUAUUACAUUGAUUGAUGACAAGUUUCCAGUUUUAUGUAAUGAAGAAAACGAAAGAUUUUGGGAAGAUAUCGAAACAAUAAAUGAAUCACAUCGAAAAGACCAUGCAAUCUAG